AUGGUGGGGAAAUGUUUGGCUGCUUCUAUUUCUUCCAUUGCAAAUAUGGAAAAGCUGUUGUACUUCGAUUUGUGCUUUGCAUAUACCUUUUCGGGGGCAAGGCAUGGAUCUGUUUAUCGUAAGGAUUCUGAGUUUUCGAUUAAAACUUUGAUUGAUGAUGCCAUGAAAGAGAAGAUAUUUCGUUCUCGGAAUGAAAAUCUCAUCACAUUAGCAGAGUUGUCACAUUUUCUGCAAAAACAAGUACCGUACAGAGAAGAAGAAGACGAUACGCUAACUCCAAUCUUCGAAAGAUUAACAUCAAAUUGUGAUAAGUAUCAAAUGUUCCCCCGUCAAGAAGCAGUGGAAGAAGAUAGUCCCGAAUUUAGUUGGGGUGCCAAGAAGGGAAAGGGUGCCCUUAACAAGGAUGUCCAAUUUUACAAGUCAUUCACUUAUGCUGGAGUCGAAUUCAACUUAUAUGAUUGUGUUUACAUGUAUCGUCAUGGUGAAGAGGAGCCAGACAUUGGUAAGAUUGUUAAGGUGUGGGAAACGAAAACACGGAAAAGGUUAGUCAAGGUGGUAUGGUUUUUCCGUCCCACCGAGGUAACUCAUUGGUUGGGUAAUACCAAGGUGCUUGACAAUGAGUUACUGUUGGCUUCAGGAGAAGGCGUAGGGCUUUCAAAUUGUAAUCCACUGGAAGCCAUUACCGGUAAAUGCAAUGUUGUCUGCAUAUCAAUUGAUAGGAGAAACCCUCAGCCAAAAGACAGAGAUUUGGAAACAGCUGAGUUUUUAUUUUAUCGCACCUUUGAUGUCGGCACUCAGGAGAUAUCUGAGGAAUUUCCAAGUUCAAUAGCACAAAUUGAAGUGGAACACUUCUUUAAUAAGGUGACAGAUCUGAUGCAGCCUCUUCAUUAUGGAGGAAAAGCAAGUCUUGACAAGCCACAUUCAUUUGGAGGAGCAACAGUUAAAACAACACUGAAAGACGACCAACCAGGAAGAAACAGUCAGUCGACAUUGCCACGUGUGGCUCUGGUCAAGCAAACUAAAUCCUCCACAAAAGAUGUUGCUAUGGCAAGAACGGACAAGUGCACUACCAUUUCACAGUGUCAGGUGACAGAAUUGGUAGAAAGAGGCGGACAAGGCAGACAGGGCAAUGUUUCUAAGACGGACAAGACUGUUGCCAGAACUGAAGUAAAACAUUCAUAUUGUACCCCGUCUACUAAUGCUUUGAAGAAGAGGAAGCUUCAACACUUAUCAGAUACUACAGCAUUUGACCAACAUAAGAUCAUGAAAUCCACAAAUCAGGUCAUUGAAGUAACAACAAGAGCGAAGGAGGCUGCUAGCACAUGGUUUAACGAAGGGCCAUGGUAUGAUAGACUCCAAGCAGCUCAAAAGCGUGGCACACUUGUGUUACUUGAGAAUCUUGAUCCUUCAUAUGCAUCAACAGAAGUGGAGGAUAUUGUUUGGCAUGCCUUAAGGCAAAAGGUUAGUGCAAAAAUGGUGCCGCAUAACACCUUCUCUAAUCCCCUAAAUGGAAAAGCAUUUGUUAUCUUCAAAUCAAGUGAGGCUGCAGAAACCGCCAUUUUUGAGUUGAAAAGGACGUGCCUUAUGUUAGGUGAUGGAAGGCCAGUUGUUGCUCGGAGGGGGACUAUACAGGAGCCAGUGAAAAGUAAAGACUUUCCUGGCCAUCUGUCCAUUGAAAAAAUCAAUUUUCAAAAGCUAGGAGAAGAAAUGAGAAAAGCAGUAUCAACCUCUCACUAUGCCCAGAGUAACACAAUAGAACAUGAGCUGGCGGUCGAAUGGCGUGUACUGCAGGAACAAUCAAGCCGGUGGUGGAAAGCUUUACAUCAGGAACAAGCAGCAGAAAUUGAACAGCUUAGUAGCAAGUUGAAGAACCCUAUUAAGAACUCUGUAUAGGAUCUAACGACUCGUUUUGUUGGGUUUCUUGUGUCCAAGAAGCAUACAGAUGUGUGGACCCUUUCUGGAUAUGGGGUUUUGCACCUUAGUACAGAGUUUAUGUUUUUGUAUGAUAAUAUAACGCAACUUUUUUUGCAGCACAAACAAUGCAUCUUGUGUAGUUCACUGUGUUGGUGUGACUUCCAGAGCUGUGGGCAGAUAACUAUAGGAUUAGUCAAAUAGCCCUUUUGAUGAACAACCCUUGAUUUAAGGUCAUCAUUAAAUCCAUUAGGUGAAAUUUUACAAACUUUCUUUUGGGGGCACCAAAAGUGUCCUUUUGCAAACUUAAAAAGGGCUAUUUAUGUUGAUUGUGAUAUUACAGGACAAAGUUAAACAAACCCUUAAACUUGAGGGAUAGUUUUGACAUUUUCUCAUGGGUCGUUUUUGUUGCAUGUUAGGAAGGUAGAUAGUUAUUCCUGCAUUAAAAAAGCUAGCAUAGCUUAUAUAUCGUGUUUAGCUUUUUAGUUGCUUGAUAUAAAAUUUAGAAUAUUAAGUACGGUGUUCGGUUGUCGUUUUACAAUUCCCAAAAGAAAAUGAGUAAAUUAUGAGUCAAUUUGUAAAUAAUUUCAUGCAAGGUAGAAGUUGAAAUAAUUAAUACAUGUAAUAAUUAAUUUUUGCACUACUAAUAGGAUGAAUACAUCAACAGAGUGAAUUUUUUUUAGACACUCGAAUUAUUACAUAUUCUGAUAGAGUAUGUGAACAUGUUCGAACAUAUUGUCAAGUGUCUACUUACGUAGAUGGUCACCUUAUUCAUUAGCCCCAUGAGUUGUAAUAUUCUAAGUAUGUUUAAAUUGAUGCUCAUGGGUAAAACUAAAUAGGGUGACAUAAGUUAUGUGAAAAUGUUGCAAAAUGUGAUGUGCAAGCAGACUACCCGUUGGUGAAAUUACCUUUAUCUCCUCCCAUGUGUAAUCAGCUUUUAAAUAAAUAACCAAAAAAAAAAAGAAGACUUUCUUCCCA